UAUAGGUUGCUUGGGGUGUCGCUCUUCUUUCUUCCAACCUUCGCUUCCUGAUCCUCAUGUUCUUCGUGUAUAGGUGUUAGUUCACCAUGUGCAACGCGCGUGUUCUGCUGUAUGUAAUGCCUUUUUGGAGCUACGAGCGUGUGAUGAUGAACCAAGUACGGACAAUGCUGCAAUUUUCACACGUCCUGGCGUGUGAGCUUGAGAAGGUGACCGUGACCGAAUAUUGUUGUGACAAAUGAUGGCCAUUCUCCAGUUUUUGGGUUUUGUGGUGCCCCUCAUCGGGCUCAUCACCACCGCAAUCCUCCUACGGCGCUUUGCAUCGUUUAUACACGUUUACUUUCUUCAUAGGAGUGCAAUUCAACGUUAUGCAUUGGAUGAUGAUACAUUCGCUGUCGUUACGGGCGCAACAGGAGGCAUGGGCAAAGCGAUCGCAGAAGACCUUUAUGAUAGAGGGUUCAACCUCGUUAUCCAUGGUCGCAGUCAAGAGAAAUUAGAUAGGGUGAAAGAGGAACUCUUGCAGCGGGGGCCCCUCAAAAAGAUCGUGCAUACCCUAAGAAUUAAUGCUGAAGAUACUUCCACAUACGAUUUCUCUUCUCUGAAAGGGUUGAAAAUCACUGCUGUUUUUCUGGUGGCGGGUGGGGCGUCCGUACAAACCGUUCCUUAUGACCAGGUAUCGUCUGAAUAUGCCAACGGUGUCAUUCGCCUCAACGCUCUCUUUCCCAUUGAUCUCCUUCGAGCCCUCCUCCCUCAAAUGCGCGCCGCAAAGGUGCCAAUGCUGGUCGUCGGAAUUGGUUCUAUUACUGGGCGUUAUCCGGCGCCAUUUUUAUCCAUCUAUUCCGCGUCGAAAUCUUUCCUUCUCCGAUUGAUCCACGGACUAAGUAUCGAUGAGAGUUUUCAUGAUCCUUCCGCCGAUACCACCUUCCAUUAUAUGAACGUCGGAGAAGUGAUUAGCCCUGGAAGUUUCACGAAGGAACCGAAUCUCUUCUGUCCUACGCCUGAAACGAUAGCUAGGGCUAUCAUUCGAGUUGUUGGAUGUGGUCAUCGCGAAGUCAUCCCUGUGGCUGCCAAGAUCAUGGGAAAGCAUAUGAACUUGGGCGAAGGGAAAAAUAAGAAUGAAUGAAGGCGCAUCCAUCGACACACCCAACAUACCCCCUCAACAGAUCAAUCAUGGCGAACCCCGUCCAUCCUGAUUCCUUUCUGUUUCUUUCCAUUUCACGUUUCUCUACGGGAUUCUUGGUGC